UGCCUGUUACCCUGACUCCAGCUGUGCCUGCACAGCCUUUUGCUGUGUGCAGCACGAGCAGCAGCAUGGCUAGCGGUGGGGGACCCCUGGGGGCAGCUGGUGCUGCGGGGGGUGCUGGUGCAGCACCUCACUACCACCUGCCACUUUUUACACCUUUCUUUGCUACACCUGUGCUCGCUGCCUCAGGCCACCACCAUGUGGCACCCUGUGGUUGCUGCUUCCAUCACCAUCAGUUUGCUGCCCCAGCCUUUAUCCAUCCAUCCCAGAUGAUGGCUGCUGCACCAUUAGCCGCCCACCAGAGGGCUCCACAACAUGCCACACUUUUGUCGCAGUCGCAGGAGCCAGACAUGGAGCUGCUUGCGGAGCAGCGGCGCAACGGUGGCGCCUACGGAGGCAUGUCGCCCCAGAUGAGUCAUCACGUGCCACCAGGCACGCACUCGUCAUCCCCAUCGAUGCCCCACCUCCUGCCAGACACUGUGACCAGCAUGGCCCCUCAGGCGGACUUCAUAUGCAUGGUGCAUCCACCGCGCUUGGUUCAGGGUCGACGUACCUCUGGCCGCCGCUGGCGCGCUCCUCUGGUUGCCGCUACACCUCCUCCUCCUCCGCCGCCACCGCAUCCAGGCUUCCUACUGCACUUCUUCUGGUGGCCUUAUGAUGGUUCUAGUGCCAUGCUGUCCAACAACCCAGUGCCAGCAUAUGCGCCUGAAAUGGCAACUGCAGAAUCACCAGCAGCUGAGAACUAUGAAGCCCUGUUGAGCUUGGCUGAGAGGCUGGGAGAGGCAAAGCCACGUGGUUUGCCAAGAGCAGAGAUUGAGCAGCUGCUGUCGUACCGCUUUAACCCCGAGACACACGAAUCUGAGCAGACAUCAUGUGUGGUAUGCAUGUGCGACUUUGAGGCCCGACAAGUCCUGCGUGUGCUUCCUUGUGGGCACGAAUUUCACGCCCGCUGCGUUGACAAGUGGCUCAAGAAUAACCGCACAUGCCCGAUCUGCCGAGGCGAUGCAGCUGAAGGUGGACAGAGCCCUGGAUGAGCAUGCAUUCUUGCUGCCUACCAGGAUGACGACCAGAAGUGGCACCACAUCGUUCUCCUUUCUCAUUCUUUUUUUUUUUCUUUGGCGGGGACUUCAUUGUGUCGCUGACACCUUCGAAUACUGUGGAGUCUGCCAAGAGUUCUGCAAAGCUGACAAAAUGCUUGGUUGUGGAGCUGCGAAAACCCAGUGUCCUCUUUUGUGUGUGUCACUUUUCUUUGGGCCAAUAUUAUGCCCACCAAAAUUGAAUUCUGGGAUUGAACAGAACCGAUUCGGACUUUCUUCUUCUUCUUUGUGCAAUACAAGAGGUUCUCCAGUCUUUUGUGCAUCUGUGUUGGCGCUUCACCAUGUAGAAUAUCUCUCCAACAGCUCUGCAACCAAGUUGCUUCCCAGUGCAAAGAUCGAGCAAAGUGUGAAUGUGUUUUUGGUUUUGCAGUUUCGUUUUCGCAUGCAUGUAUGUGUUGGUAAAAAAAAGCAUGGUUGUCAAUCCUUGGUGCCAGGUAGCCGGUGAAUGAAUGAAUUGCGACCUCCUCGUUUUGGGCGUUGCCUAGGAUGUUCCCAAUGCCAAGGCUUAGUUGUUGCCCAGAAAUGUGCCCAGUGUGCUGCUUACUAGGUUUGUCUCAUAAUGCUGGAGGCCAUUUGCUGUGGCUCUUUUUGCAACUUGGCUGUUGUCUCGGCUCCUACAAUUAUUUUUUUUGUCCAGAGUUUGUGGGUUGCUUAGAGCCAAAGCUAGGUUGCGAAUGAGCCAGAGGCUGGCCACAGUUGUCGCUCAACUGCUAGUGGUCCCUGUUGUGCUGAAGUUGGUGUGUGUACUACUCCAAUGUGCUGGAUGAAGUGUGACCCCCCCCUCCCGCCCCAAAGUACACCAGCAAAGUGACUAAAUCUAUUAGGAGCUGUGGUGCCACUGCGCGCUGUUUAUUUGAUCUUCCACCAUGCUGCAUGUUGGCAGCCAUCGGGGGUUAAGGGCAAACAGUCCCAUGUCACCCGCUCAUUCAUGCCCACUGCACAUAUUUAAGAACUAGCAUCUUCAUUUAAGCACUUGCUUGCCUUAGGCUUUGCCCUUUAAUCAUGCUGUCCCCUGUGACAGCUUGGCUUUCCCCCACUUGGCAGCAGUGCUGGUCAUGCAGGAAUUGUUUGACUGUCCAGCUUGAUUUUUGUCUUUUGAAAUGUAUUUAUGUAAUGCCAUUCAUUUGUCUAAGUCGUUUUUUAAGGCUCAUUGCUCACGUUUCUCAUGCUGCAUAGCAUUGUUGCGUUCUUCUUGUUGGUACAGUUGUCCAGCAUUUCACACAUGCCACUGUACUUCCCACCACACCAUUGCCGUGUCUUAGUCAAACCUCACGGCUUACUUUUUGCUGUUGCGUUCUUUCAUUGAAUUUUUUCAUUACUCUGCGUGUGAGUCGUUACGGACAGUUGUCCGACAUAUUUUUUAUAUUCGUUGUUCAGUUCAUUAUUGUUCUUGCAUGCAUUGUUUGACAAAGGUGUUGUCGAUAAUCCUUUGGGGGUGAUAACCUGAACUGUACUGCAGUAUUUGACAUACCAUAGCAACAAGCGUUCUGUUUCUCAUAGACAUAACAUGGGUGUCUCAGUUGCAAGUAAGGUUUUGCAAUGCUGUUCUAGCUUCCAUUUGGGACGUGUCUGCAUCUUUGCGCUGCACAAUAAUUGUUUGUGGCACACAUUUUACUCAGGGGCAGUCACCCUCAAGUUGUUACCUUUGCUGUGCUGUAUUUCGUUUUUUUGUUUGUGUGUGCUUGUGUGUGUGUUUUCAUGUCAGUUUGCAACCCGUCAGUUGAGCACCAUCCAAUUGCCAAAUUUCUUGAGGCGGCUAAAGUGAAAAGUGCAAAUUUUAGUGACAUCAUUCACCUCCGCUCAAUUUGCCUGCGUAUUGAGGCAGCAUUGUUUUCUUUCCUCCCUCAAAUCAUUCCAAGGCAGUGGCUCACUUCCCUGGCUUGGCACCUGUGCACUGAAGCCCACACAGUCCAGCAAUGGACAGAGAAGGAUAUUUUCGAGCCCAUUGCAGGGCAGUCGUGAUGCAGUCCCCUUUGUUCUACACUUGCUGUCCCUACGGCUUCCUCACCAGCAGUGCAAUAAGUGUGCUCCACUUUUUUUUUUUUUUGCCAGCCCUGCCUAGACAGUUUGCCUGAUCUCAGCCGAAUCUGCCUGUGUAUAUACAUAUGACGCACUGCUAGGAAAGCCUGUCGUCCUCCUGCUGUUCACUGCUGAAUAGCCGUGGCAAGCCUGCGUUGCAGGGUGCUUGCUUGCGCAUGUAGCCAUUUACACUGCUGGGCUGCACGGUUGUUUGUUUCAUGCACCCUCUUAGCAUUGUUUUUUUUUUGAUGGGCAUUAUAUUUGCUGUGUUUGUUUUGUGACGUGUUACAAGAAUGUUGAAAGCAAGCUACUGAUGCAGCGGAACUUAGGUCAUGCAGGAAUUGUUUGACUGUCCAGCUUGAUUUGGUGGGUGUGAUUUGAUUUUCUGAAGCUUGAUACUUGUGUCAUUUCUUUGUAUUUUUCAUUCUGAAGCUUGAUACCUGUCAUUUUUAUGUAUUUGGAAGCAUUGUUGAAAUGCCAUUGGCUCUCAGUACUAUUGAUUUGUUAAUAAUACUCUAGAACUAAACACGGGUAGCUUUUGCUGCAGUAGGGAUUCCAUUUAUAGUGGUGUUGGCUGGCCACAGGGCAGUUGUCAAGCAUCAGCAGAGCUGUCGACAGUCUUGUACCAUGCCAUUUUUGACUCUUCAUAUAACGUUUGGUUAAGGAGUCUGAUUUAAUCUGGAUACUUUUCUUUUUCAUGGGGUUAUUUUUUUUUUCUGAAGCAUGAUACUUGUUUCAUUUCUAUGUAUUUUUUUGUGAAGCUUGAUAUUUGUUCCAUUUCUAUGCAUUUUUUUUCUGAAGCUUGAUACUUGUUUCAUUUUUAUGUAUUUUUUUUCUGAAGCUUGAUACUUGUCAUUUCUAAGUAUUUUUUUUUUCUGAAGCUUGAUUUGUUUCAUUUCUAUGUAUUUUUUCUGAAGCUUGAUACUUGUGUCAUUUCUUUGUAUUUUUCUUUCUGAAGCUUGAUACUUGUCAUUUCUGUGUAUUUUUUUGCUGAAGCUUGAUACUUGUUUCAUUUCUAUGUAUUUUUCAUUCUGAUGUUUGGUACUUGUUCCAUUUCUAUUUUUUCUUGUUAAAGCUUGGUACUUGUUUCAUCUCUAUGAGAAGGGCUGCACGGAGUCAUUUUUUUUACCAAGUUGUAUCUUCCUCAAAGUAACUUGCGUAGUUCCGAGACUUCCUUGCAGUCUCUGGUGGCAUUACGUGUAGCACGCAUGUGGCCGAUCUUGCACCAGCCCAGUUUUUUGCCUUUCCGUAGACGGCAGGAGUCUGGCCAAGUCGGCAGUGUUUGGGUGUGUGCACCAAAACACGCGCAGCUUACACAUUUGUGACAUUCCAGUGUGGAGAUGUGCCCACUUUCUAUGCAAAGUUUCUCUGGACUCUGCAGCAUCAGUUGAGUUUCCGAUUGUCCAAGUGGCUCCUUCGCUUUCUUACCAACUCUGGCUGUCACUUGCGAGUAAUCCUUCCUGGAUGGUAAUGUCUGAAUUCUAGUGCAAGCCCCAAAGUGCCAAUAAAAAUUCAGUACCACAUGUGUGUGCAUUUACAUGUUUCAAGAGAUGCUUGUUUUCAUUUGACUGUUUUAUUUCUUGUGUGUUUGUACAAUAAAACAUUUUUAAUCGCUACACAA